AUGCAGUCGGAAGAAGCUGUUGCCACGUCUGACAAGGUGCCUACCGACCGGGCGACUGCUGCACCGGCCGGAGCGACAGGAGCAGCUGCAGCAGCUGUUUCCGACGUUUCGGUUGCGUGUGUGGCCGCCGCUACGGACGCAACGAGCGUCGCGUGUCGUAUACAAGACGUGGCCCAACCGGCUAUACGUAUACAAGACAUGCCCGAGCGACAGCGUGUAGACGGAGAGAAGCUGCCGUCCGACGUGACGCGCGUUCAGAACGAGCAGCGACGGGAGCGGCACUGGCGCCGUCUCGUGCGCAGCGAGCUGCGGGACCGCUUCAUUGCAGCGAUGAUGGAGCAGCUGCAGCGCAUUACAGGGGAUGGCAACGUGCGACAUGUGCGACAUGUGCGACGAUGUGCGUCUCGCUACGAGUCGUUUGUGUGGAAGAAGAGCCGGAACCAUUUGCAGUACGUUCAGAAGCUUGAGCAGCGCAUUGAGUCGCUCCGUCGUCAGCCUCUGGCGGUUACUCGAAUCGACGCGAUAGACGUCACGGUGCGACUUGAUGAAGACCAGCGACGGGAUAGCGUCCAGGCUGGGUCAGCCACACUAGCCGCGGGGUCGGCGUCGCCGGUCGCGUCGUGUCCAUACCACUGCCACGGCAUGGAGCAAGGCGGUGCCUACGAUACUUUGCUGGUCGGCACGGCAGAACGAAGAAACGCGUGUCACUCGAGUGAUUGCCGGGCUAGUAGCUUGGCUAGUGGCAGCAACAACAGCAGACGAGCAACGAGACGGAAGGGACGAACGCCAUCGUCGUCGCAUGGCGCGUCCAGCACUUCUUUGGCACGACGUGACGAGCUGUACUUUGCCAAGCUUCGAGUGAUGAAAACUCGGUACCGCGAUGAAGUUGCACUGGUGUUUCGCGAGCUCUGUCGUGUGAACACGGUGAUCCGCACUUCAGCUAGUUUGCGACGUCACGAGUCGAACAAUCUGGGCGAUUUCCUGGCCAAUCUCAAGAAGAUUAUUUAUUUGCUCGAGCAGCAGCCGGACGAGGCGUGUGGGAUGAUUCCAGCCCGUAAACGUGCGGUCGAGUACCUCGACGUGGUGGAAUCCCACAUCCGGCGCAAAGUGCUGCCAAUCCUUCACCGCUUGCGUCACACGUACUCGACUAUUUUGCGCCCCAUUGUGCUCAACUACAUGAAGAAUAACUAUCGCUUCAAUCGACGGUUCUAG